AUGGCACGCUCGCACCGUCCCGCAUAUGCCGAUAUUGACGUUGAGUCCGCUUAUUCGAGCAGCUCAGUCGAUUCCGAUGAUUCAUGGUAUACUCGGGAUCACCACCUACGUGUACCCGUCAGGGUUCACUAUGGACGCCAUAACGGCUCUCCGCACCGCAGCCAUCACGGUCAAAGGGACCGAGUUAGUGUUGUCUUUCCACCAGCUCCUCCGCCAGUGCCGGUCCCACCAGUGUUUGUGGAGCAGCCACGUGGUCGACCUGUGCAGGGAAGAAGCCAGAGAGCACGUUCAGUCGAUCGGUACUAUGAACGAGAUAUCUUCCUAGGCGGUCGCUCGACGGUCCCGAACCUUCACGUCGAUAUCCACAAUCGCAAUUCAGACGACCAUGAUCACUCCCAUAGGAGCGAGUACGAGCACGGUGUGGGCUACGGCGCGUGGGGAUACCCGCAACCCGCUCCGGCGCCGGUUCUAUACGCUCCAGGCUAUACCCCUGGCAUUAGCCCGGCAUAUUCCCCCAGCGUCGUGAGUGAUACAAGGGCUAGGGUCAAUGACAGAAUGUCGCUUGACCACGGAGAAGUAAUGAAUCAGCAAGUCUGGGUUGAUGGUAGGCCACAAGAUCCGUACGGACGAAGGCAUCGGCACCACUACGAUGACGGCUUCCUGGACCCUAUCAAUCUCGAGAUCACGAACAUUCAGAAGACCGCCGUGGACGACUAUGUCCACCAACAACGUCUCGCAGAUGAUGCCAAGAAUUCUGCCGUGCGUCAAGCGAAGCUGGACUGGAAGGAUCACGUCGCCGAGAUUGAUGACGCGCGUGACAAGGGAGUCCGCAAAUACAAGGAUGAUCUGUCGGAAAGGAAGAAAGCAGGCGAAGAAGCAGUGUUCACUUACAAGAAGGACCAGGCGGACAAGAAGGCGGAGCUCGACACCGCGAAGAAGAAGUGGGAAAUCGACAAAGCGCAGGAAGAGCAGGAGGAGAAGAACAAGAAGAAGCAGUGGGAGGUGGAUCAGGCGAAGAAGAAGCAAGAGAAGGAAGAGGAGGAGAAGAGACUUAAGGACGCGUGGAAGGCAGCCGAAGAGAAGAAAAAGAAAGAAGAUAAGGAGAAGGAGGAUAAGCUCAAAGCUGAGGUUGAAAAGGAGCUGUUGAAAGCAGGCUUCGGGCCGCGAACAGUGGAAGGCGCACUAGACCCGAAGAAGGCUCCGCCGCGGAUCUCUAAUGAAUGGGCAUAUGCGGGUGGCUCAUACCGCGGAUACUCCGCCUUCGAGCCCUGGGAGGAAGGCGGAAGGAGAUGGAUCAGGGUCCAUCGCCGGUACGUGAUGCCCGACACACUGAAUGUGUACGAUCUCCCUUGGGAAUGGGAUCAUGACGACAGCGAUUAUCUUAUUAUUCGGCGUCCGUUUGAUGAUCCAGGCAUCGAUCUUCGUAUCCUCAUCGAGCACACGAGGAAACAUUGGUAUAGCCGCAAACACGAUGUUGCAAUUGAAGCACCUAGCUGGGGGAGGAAGAGGUUUGUCCGAACCCAUCGUCCACAUACCUGGCUCUGA